AUGGCAGAGUUGUUGAUCAGAGCGCAGAAACACAUGAACGUUGAAGACGCCAUGAAUGCACAAAAGGGAAAGGAAGGAAAGGACAAAAAGAGGAUUAAACCAGAUGAAGGUGUUUGCAGUGAAAAGGAGAAAAGAGCACUUCUAAGCUUCAAACAAAGUAUCAGUUGGGACCCUUCAAACCGGCUAUCCUCAUGGUCUGUAGAGCAAGAUUGUUGUACUUGGAUUGGAGUCCGGUGCAACAAUGUUACUGGUCGAGUCAUCCACCUUCACCUCUCCAAUCCAUACAAUUACUACAAUUACUACCCGGGGUAUGAUGAGACCCAGCAGUUGGGUGGGAAGAUUAGUCCCUCUUUGGUGGAAUUAGAAUCUCUGAGUUACUUGGACUUGAGCUUCAACAAUUUCAGUGGUUCUACUAUUCCAAGUUUCUUCGGUUCCAUGCCAAGUUUGAGAUAUCUGAACCUCUCUCAUGUGCUUUUUGAGGGGUUGAUUCCUCAUCAGCUUGGGAACCUCUCGAGCCUUCGUGUUCUCGAUAUAAACUAUAAUAAUCAACUUUAUGUUGACGAUCUUAGUUGGAUUGCUCGUCUUCAUUCCUUGGAGUACCUUGGCAUGAGUUGGAUCGACCUUCACAAGGCAGCUACUUGGCAUCAAUCCAUUAGCAAGCUUCUUUUCCUUUCAGUGCUAGAUUUGUCCAUGUACGGAAUCGAAGGGCUGAUUCCUCAUGCACUUGGAAACCUCUCGAGCCUUCGUUAUCUUGAUCUAUCCUAUAAUUAUCAGCUUAUUGUUGAUGACCUUAGUUGGAUUGCUGGUCUUCAUUCCUUGGAAUGCCUUGACAUGAGUGGGAUCGACCUUCACAGAGCAAUCAAUUGGGUUCAAGAGGUGAGCAUGCUUCCUUCCCUUUCACAACUACAUUUGUUCAGCUGCCAACUUGAGAGAAUGAUUCCACCUCUUGCUUUUGUUAAUUUCACGUCUCUUAAAGUCCUUGAUCUUUCGUACAACCAUUUCAAUUGGAAGAUACUGUUGAUUAAUCACACUCGUAGCCUUAUGUCUCUUGAUCUAUCUUAUAAUUCCCUAUAUGGCCAAAUCCCAGACGAUCUUGGGCAACUGAAACAUCUUGAAUUUCUCUCACUUUCUGGGAAUUCAUUGUAUGGUCCCAUUCCAGCAUCUAUUGGAAACUUAUCGUCCUUGAGAUUAUUAGAUCUUUCUGCUAAUAAAUUGUUUAGUCCCAUUCCAGCAUCUAUUGGAAACUUAUCGUCCUUGAGAUUCUUGUAUCUUUCUUAUAAUAAAUUGAAUGGCACUUUGCCAAACACUAUGGGGUUCCUCUCAAAUCUAGAGGAACUAAAUGUAGCAGACAAUUCCUUAGCAGGCAUUGUUUCCGAAGCCAGUUUUGCCAAACUGUCAAAAUUGAAGAAAUUGUAUACGUGGUCAAACUCUCUGCUCUUCAGCAUGAGCUCCAAUUGGGUUCCUCCUUUUCAACUUGACGUACUUGAAUCACCAAACUUGAAUCUCCCACAAUGUGGACGUCGCUGA